AUGGAAAACAGUAUGGAGACUCCUCAAAAUCAGAACUACCAGAUGUCCCAGCAAUUCCACAUCUGGAGAAAUGAUGAAGAAGCAGUUGUGGAUAGAGGUGGAACUCGUUCUAUUCUCAAAACACACUUUGAGAAAGAAGAUUUAGAAGGUCAUCGGACACUAUUUAUUGGCGUUCAUGUGCCCCUGGGAGGAAGAAAAAGCCAUCGACGUCACAGGCAUCGUGGUCAUAAACACAGAAAGAGAGACAGAGAGAGAGAUUCAGGACUAGAGGAUGGAAGGGAGUCACCUUCCUUUGACACCCCAUCACAGCGAGUACAGUUUAUUCUUGGGACUGAGGAUGAUGAUGAGGAGCACAUUCCUCACGACCUCUUCACAGAACUCGAUGAGAUUUGCUGGCGUGAAGGUGAGGAUGCUGAGUGGCGAGAAACAGCCAGGUGGUUGAAGUUUGAAGAAGAUGUGGAAGAUGGAGGGGAAAGGUGGAGCAAGCCUUAUGUGGCUACUCUUUCACUGCACAGCUUAUUUGAGUUAAGAAGUUGUGUUCUGAAUGGAACUGUGUUGCUGGACAUGCAUGCCAAUACUUUAGAAGAAAUUGCAGAUAUGGUCCUUGAUCAACAAGUGAGCUCAGGUCAGCUCAAUGAGGAUGUACGCCACAGGGUCCACGAGGCUUUGAUGAAACAGCAUCACCACCAGAAUCAGAAGAAGCUAACCAAUAGGAUUCCUAUUGUUCGUUCCUUUGCUGAUAUCGGCAAGAAGCAAUCAGAACCAAAUUCCAUGGAUAAAAAUGCAGGCCAGGUUGUUUCUCCUCAGUCUGCACCAGCCUGUGUUGAAAAUAAAAAUGAUGUGAGCAGGGAAAACAGCACAGUUGACUUCAGCAAGGGGCUGGGAGGCCAACAAAAGGGGCAUGCUAGUCCAUGUGGGCUGAGACAAAGACACGAAAAAGGACCUCCACAGCAGCAAGAGAGAGAGGUUGAUCUGCAUUUUAUGAAGAAGAUUCCUCCAGGUGCUGAAGCUUCAAACAUCUUAGUUGGGGAAUUGGAGUUUUUGGAUCGAACUGUAGUUGCAUUUGUCAGGUUGUCCCCAGCUGUACUGCUUCAAGGAUUAGCUGAGGUCCCAAUCCCAACCAGAUUUUUGUUCAUUCUUCUGGGACCCCUGGGAAAGGGUCAACAGUACCAUGAGAUUGGCAGAUCAAUUGCAACCUUAAUGACAGAUGAGGUAUUUCAUGAUGUUGCUUACAAAGCAAAAGAUCGCAAUGACUUGGUAUCAGGAAUUGACGAAUUUCUGGAUCAGGUUACUGUUCUCCCUCCUGGAGAGUGGGAUCCAAGCAUUCGAAUAGAGCCUCCCAAAAACGUUCCUUCCCAGGAGAAGAGGAAGAUUCCUGCUGUACCAAAUGGAACAGCAGCUCAUGGGGAAGCUGAGCCCCAUGGAGGACAUAGUGGACCUGAGCUCCAGCGAACCGGAAGGAUUUUUGGGGGACUUAUUUUAGAUAUCAAAAGAAAAGCUCCAUACUUCUGGAGUGACUUCACAGAUGCUUUCAGCCUGCAGUGUUUAGCAUCUUUUCUGUUUCUCUACUGCGCAUGUAUGUCUCCUGUCAUCACAUUUGGAGGACUGUUGGGAGAAGCAACUGAAGGUCGAAUAAGUGCAAUCGAGUCUCUCUUUGGAGCAUCUAUGACUGGGAUAGCCUAUUCUCUCUUUGGUGGACAGCCUCUUACCAUACUAGGCAGUACAGGACCAGUUUUGGUGUUUGAAAAGAUUUUGUUUAAAUUUUGCAAAGAAUAUGGGCUGUCAUACCUAUCUUUAAGAGCUAGUAUUGGACUUUGGACUGCAACCCUGUGUAUCAUACUUGUGGCCACUGAUGCAAGCUCCCUUGUCUGCUAUAUCACUCGGUUUACUGAAGAAGCUUUUGCUUCUCUUAUUUGCAUCAUUUUCAUUUAUGAGGCUCUAGAGAAGUUGUUUGAACUCAGUGAAGCAUAUCCAAUCAACAUGCAUAAUGAUUUGGAACUGCUGACACAAUACUCGUUAUAGAUAAUUCUCUUUCUCCUUUGUGUUGACUUAAAUAGACUGCAAGUUAUUUCUCUAGAAAAAUGGAUUUAUUCAGGAUCAGCAAAGAAUUGCAGUUUGGGAUAUGAAACCAUGGCAAGCUGUGUACAGGACCCAUGAAAAAAUGGAGAGAACUCUUUUAUAGAGUGGAAAGGUAAU